AUGGAAGGAAUAAAGCAAGAUUUAAAUCAAAAAGAUGAGAAAAUUAAUUCUUUGGAAGCUGAAAUUAAAAAGGCAAAUGAUUUGACCGACAAAAAGUUUGAUAGUUUAUUUGAAUUACAUAAUUUAAAUUCUGUGGUUAGUUUAUUGAAUAAUAUGAUAUUUGUUAAAAUUAAAAAUAAAUGGAAAGAAAUUGAUAGUGGAUACACUAGAUGUUGUGACAAUAAUUGUAUAAAUACAAACAAACCUGUUGGGAAUUGUAUUAAAGGGAAUGGAUUUGUAAAUUUAAUUGACCCUGAAAAUAUUAAAUAUGUGGUGGGGAAUAGCGGGUGUGAUAAAUUUGUUUAUGUUUAUGCAGAAAUCCCAUUCAAAAAGCCACAAACUUCUUUUAGUUAUUCUUUAUAUUAUUUUGAAGUUAAAUGCAAAUUUGAAAAAGAAUUAAAUGAUAGUAAAUCAUAUAUGGGUAUUGGUCUUAGAAAUUGUAAUACAACCAAGUAUAUUUGCUAUUAUGCAAAUAGUGGUCACAUAUAUAAAGAGAAAGGAGGAUCAUUCCAACUUUCAAUGUUCUCUUUGAAUAAUAAUGAUAUUUUUGGUUGUGGAUUAGUUUAUCCUCCAACAAAUAUGACGAAUGAAUUCCCAUAUGUGUUCUUUACACAAAAUGGAAAGCAAAUUGGUAAAUAA